AUGGUAAACCUCGAACUUUUAAAACUUGAAAAGAGUUCAAUUAUAGUGGUUCUAGGGGCCAGUGGCAGUGGCAAAACCACUUUUAUCAACGCCGCGAGUGGCUCAAGUCUUCAGGUCGGAUCAGCCCUUGACCCUUGUACAACAAUUGUGCAGCUUUCUGAGCCAUUCGACUUGAAUGGCCAGAUAUUACGGCUUGUCGAUACUCCAGGUGACGAGGAUGCGGACGCAUUAAAAAAAAUCGCUGACUUCCUCGCCAGUGUAUACGAACGGCAAAUCAAACUCCUUGGGCUGGUGUAUUUUCAAAACAUCUCUAGCCCUCGUGUUGGGGGAUUGAGCAGAAGAAAUAUGCGCAUCUUUCGGGAUAUUUGUGGCGAGGGUACAAUGAAAAGGGUUAUCAUUGUAACAACAGGUAUCGACAGCGAGUCAGACACGCGCGAGAUGGAACUUCAAGAAAAUCCCAAAUUCUUCCGGGCAGUGAUUCAGGAAGGGGCGCGACUUGUUCGACACGACGGAACGGUGGAGUCUGCAAGGGGCAUUGUCCUCCAGCUGGUACGGGCUGCAGGGGAGGACAGUACAUCCUUGAAGAUUCAAGAACAGCUCUCAAACCUCGGGAAAGGGUUUUCAGAAAGCGUUAUCGGUGUACAGCUUGAUCCCGAGCUGGCGAAAGAGAUAGGAGACCACGAACAAGCAAUGAAAGACCUUCGUUCGACUAUGCAAGGCGACAGCCUGGCGAAGCCGGGAUUAGGAGCUAAAGUCAAAGAACUCCGUGCUUUAGUAGCUCUUACCGAGGCAGAACGAGAUGAGCUCGCUGAUGAGUACCAUGCCUAUGAGUCAACCCAAGGCCUAUCACUGUUACAUGCCCUCAUUCUUGGAAGCAUGAUGUUGAUGGCGCUUUGGGUCCUCUGA